UUCCCAAAUCAUUAGUGGAUAGUUUGUGGCAUUUGAAAACACUUGUUCCCUAGAAGCUUGGAAAUAUUAUUGCCCAGGAAAAGCUCUAACCACCUCAAAGGCCAAAAGCCCAUCUCAUAAUUUAGAGAUAAUUUAUGGCAUGGAGUCUGCAGUGUUAAAAUAAUACAUUGGUAAACAAGGGAGGAAGCAACCUUUGUUUCGCGUGAUAAGUUCCAAGUUCAUAAUUGUUCCCUAUUUGCAGAAACUGCCAGCUCAGUCCAAUUUUGACUUGUGGCAUGCAGCAACAACAGUGUAUUACAGAAGGUCAUGAGUUCCUCAGAGUCAAAGUCAAUAAUUCAAAGCACUUCCGUCAAAUUUCUCUUUUCGCACCCUAGGAUCCAUUUAUACUGAAAAAGCUCCAGUUUCCUCAGGACUAUUAACUAUUCUUAAGUACCAUUUAUGCACUAACAGCAUCAGACAAGCAAUACCCCAAAAAAUCCGUUUGGCUCAUCACUAUAGAUCAACACAAUAAUCCCAUUGUAGCUUUAUUUAACUUAGAAUCUCAUUUCAUGUCCAUCUCUGAAAAAGAAAAACAAAAAAAAAAAACAGGAAAAUAAAGGCUUCUUCUCUGUCUCCUAUGUGAAAAUUGCACAGACUUUUUCCCAUGCAUUUCUGAUAGAGAAUACAACUGUCUGAGUGACUGCUGGAAGCAGAAACUAAUUCAGUUAAUGUCUGUAUGAAAAAGAGCUUCGAACACUCCAAAACUAAGGACUGAACUGUCUUUCUGCUCAAAGCUAAAUUUCAGUUUCCAUACAACUCCUAUCUAGAAAGCUAGCUGCAGCAAGCCUCACAGGUGCCUGGAAUUGCUGCUGCUCUUUGGAACUGGAUCAUCCCCAUUGCGGCCAGCGUGAAAUACCCUUGAAAGAUGUCACCAGCUCCUGAGGGUGCCAUGUCCCCUACCUGUGGGUGGGGAAGGUAAGCAUGCAGAAACCAUCUCCAACCUUCCCGCAUAUUGCAUUGACAGUCUCUAAGUUCUGUCCUGGGAGAUUGUAAUGUGAAUUAUAUGUACUUAAACAAGAAUCUUCUCCAUGACAGCAGUUUGUGAUUCCGAUAAACGCAUGAGACGCUCUCCAGACAUUACAUUAAUAUGAGUGGAGCUGGAUUAAUCUCUGUCCUAAUUCCAAGGAAGUGACUGGAAUGGUGCCAGGUAUUAAUUUUCCCCAACAAGACACAAGAUGAAAGAAUUCUCUGUAAUCUAAUGUAAUGUUUAGGUCCUAUUACAGAAGAAUUUGAAAGGACUCAUAAACUCUAACAAUGAGCAAAGCAAUUUCAUCAUCUCUGCAGUUUACAUGUGCUUGAAAUUUGGGCGGGCAACCAAUUCUGACCUUGCACCUCCAGGUGCUCUGAUAAACUAUAAAAGCUCUCCUCUCUCACAGCUCUUCCACACGCUUCCCUUGACUUCUUUGUGACUUGGGUAAGUCUGAUUCUUCUCUGUAUCUAACGACCUAUCUUUUUACUGCAGCUUUCAACGUCAGCUGAUGUCCACCAUCCGUAUUGUAGAGCGUUUCUGGGCUGCACUGGGACAAAGAUCCCAAAGGUGGCUCUGGGUGGGCAGGUACACCUGUUUCGUUCAUGGGACACUAUAGAGGUACUAGUUUGGCAUCAGAAACCCUGGGACAUGCACAGGACCACCCUAACUGGAAUGCAUUUAACCUAUUCCAAAGGUUUGCACACUGUGCGGUUCAACCUGUGGUAAGGGUGUCACCAUUGCAGCUGACCAUCCAACUCGAGAUGAGCAAGCUAUGCAUCUAUGAGAGUUCUCUGUGUUUUCUUGGUAUAGGAAAUGCUCUUUACUUUAUGUUCUUGAUUCCAUGUUCUUUCUCAGAACAAUGCUGGAGACUUGCAAGACAUAGUGGGUAGAGAAGAGAACUUAAAAUAUCAUCUAUUAAAGACAAUUAUUCAAGUAUAAACAUCCUUGGAGAAAAUAGCUAAAUUUAGAGGAGAGGAACUAGACAGAAUUCUUGGAUUUACUGAAGAGAUCUUGUUUGUCCUGGGACUAGUCAUUUGGAAAGAGAUUUUUGAAAGAUAUUAGAGCCUGGAACACUGACUUAAAUUGAAAAUUUUCCAGGUUGUCUCAGUAGAAUGGCUGCCUAGCUGGGAACCGGGAUAACAACUCUACCAUCUGACCUUUUAUUGUCUUGUCAAAUUGCUUUGUGAGCAAUCCAGACAGGGAACAUCUCAUAAUCCAUGUACCUACAACUCUCAGCAAAACUGGGAUGAGUGGGAAGGAGAAGCUACUGUAAUUAAAAUAUAUAUAACAAAUUACAUCUCAUCUAGACCCACUGAACUCAAAUCCAAGUUUCCCUACUGAAUCGCCAAAUGACUUUGGAUAUUUUUUAAAAAAGGGGAUUAUGAAGUAACAAGAGACCAAGUUUGCAAACUGGGAAAUCCAUCUAUUUACCCAAAGUCCUAUACUCUACUAUUAGCUUAAAGCAAAAUGUUAUGAUUUUUUUCUCUUCAGGUCUUUCCUUUCUGUUUAUUCUACCCAUUAGUGUGCCUUGCAGACUGACCUCCAUCCCCGCAAGAUGUCUUGCUACGACCUGUGCCCCACCACCAGCUGCGGCAUCGCCCGUCCCCAGCCCGUCGCUGACAGCUGCAACGAGCCGUGUGUCCGGCAGUGCCCUGACUCCACGACCGUGAUCCAGCCGCCCCCCGUGGUCGUCACCCUCCCCGGCCCCAUCCUCAGCUCCUUCCCCCAGGAUUCAGCUGUGGGCUCCUCCGGAGCUCCAGUCCUUGCAGGCUCCCUGGGCUAUGGGGGCUCCUCCCUGGGCUAUGGGGGCUUGUAUGGCUAUGGGGGCUCCUCCCUGGGCUAUGGGGGUCUGUACGGCUAUGGGGGUCUGUACGGCUAUGGGGGUCUGUAUGGCUAUGGGGGCUCCCUGGGCUAUGGGGGCCUCUAUGGCUGUGGGAGCUCCCUGGGUUACAGGGGUCUGUACGGCUAUGGAAGAUCCUACGGGGCUGGAUACUGCAGCCCUUACGCCUACCGGUACAGCAGGUACCUCCGGGGAAGCUGCGGGCCGUGCUAAACCCUGCACAAAUAGCUCCUGAGCGAGGAAUAGCCGGCAAAUGAGAGAUACAAUCCUCAUCCACAGCAGAGUUCCCCAAGAAGUACUGCAAAGUACUGAUCGCGACAGUCCUACUGCUGUGGAGCUGGAAGUGCACAGCAUAUCUUUAAUUUCUUUGCCCUCCACUUACAGACUUUUUGCUUUUUCCACCUGUGUGUGUAACCGAUGGGGUAAAGCAUGUAACUUAAAUUCUUGCAAAAUGGCUCUUCAGUGUCCAAGAGGAGGAGAGUUAUGAAAUGAAGUAUCAUCACUCUGCUGCUUAUUCUUACUACUUUGCAAUGCUUUUCCUGCAAAUGUUUAAUUCUCAUUAAAACGAUUCUGCUUUGCAUC